AUGGGACAAUGGUUGGGCAAUUUACUGAUGGAGAUUGCAAAGUGUAAAAGUAAGAAUACUUUCUUCAGGAAAUUUAGGGGCAAUUCCUACUGCCUUUGGAUGGAGAAGAAUGAUGUCUUCACCAAAAUAGGCGAAUGGUGCAGUGGCCUCCUUCAGGUUGAUCUUGAUACACAAGAGAUGAGUAACUUGUUACUGGCAAGACCGAAAGUUGGCAAGGUGGAGGUAGGUGGCAGCGAAAGGGACAAUGUAGCACAAAAAGGUUGUAAGUCUAGAAGAGGGAGUGCUAUUUCAAUACCUAAUUUUUUGGUCUUAAUCCCGGGAUUUUGGUCGAGUGUUAACAGCAAUGGUUAUAUCAUUAAUGCAACUAUUGAUCCAAAUCUUGAAUUAGCGGGGGAUAUUUCAAAAUUCAAACCUCGGCUUUGUAGUGGCAAGGGACAAGGUAGUGGAAUAAAUGGUGCAAUUGAUGGCAGUAUUAAUCAAGGACUUUCCUUGGUUCAUGAUCGAGGAAGAGGUAGGGGUCGAGGAAAAGGUGCAAGAACCAAUGGUCAAAAAUAUAGUGGGAUCCGAGAGCUUAGGGGUUUAAUUUCGAAUGUGAAUUAUACGGGAGCAAACUCUAGAAAGGAGAUUGGGGCACUUAUGUUGUUUAAUGAAGAUAUUUAG